AUGGGAGAUGGAGAUGCAAGCCUUCCACCGUCCCAAGAACGAAGGAUCGCGGACACUGAAUUGGCAUACCAAUCCGAUGACAGUGAUGAAUCUGACAGUGCUAACAAUGUAACCUGGGCCCCAGGGGACGGAAUCUGCCCAUCCACCGCACAAUUCAAUCGUUGCUGCGAAGCCAAGUUCGACCAGUGGAGCACAGCAGCUUCGACCCCUCCACCAGGCUCGGAAUCUUCCCAAUACUACAUCCAGUCUUUUCUGGAUCUCCUCCAAGAUGUUCCCUCAUUUCUCCACAGCCCACCAAAAGACAUCAACAUCGCGGGUGGACGGCGAUCAUAUCUAACUCUCACUUCCACCUUGCAGAUUCAAACGACAGACAAUCCGGAUUGCGAUCAACCUGAAAAGCCCAUUGAUUAUUACCAGUGUCUGGGACGGCCAUCCCCCGCUACCUAUGAGACCAAGGCUGAUACACCACUGCCGGUUGCUAUCCCAGUCUCCGCGAACCCUCUUCGCGCGGGUUACUUGACUAAUAUUGUUUUGGCCUGGUCGUAUAUCAUCUCCAGUCGCUGGGUGGAGAUAAUGCAGCUGGCGGGGAUGGAAAGUCAGAUGCUCCUCGACCACGAUACGCGGAUAGAGGAGUGUUUCUGGGAUAUUGUGACUCAGAGCGGCUGGGUGGCUCGGGUAAAAUGGAAUCAAGGCGUUUUUUACUCGCCGUGGAUGUUGAGGAGCGAAGACGACAAAAAGGAACGAAGAGGGGACCGGACACCCGUUGCUUCCAAUUCGUCCCUUGCCUUUGAUAUUCUUCUAGACUUUUGUGUGUCCGAAGGCCUAGAAGGUGAGUUGAUCAUUGGACUUGCUGCAGUUUUGUUCUUGACAUCACGCAACGCGCCUUCACCCAAGUUCGCUCCUCCUAUACUGAACUUAGGUAUCCCGCGCUCUUCGACGAAGAAGGAACUGGUUUGGCACCAACUCUUCCAAUCGAUCGAUAAAUGCAUGUUUCUCAGCUGUACGCAAGAUGCUCUGGACUCGGUGUUAUGCAGUGUCUUUUUCGAUCCUUCUAUUCCCUGCAAUCUCAUGGGAGCUGCAUCUCUAGGUGUGAGGAAAGCCCUCUCAAAAGGGGGUGAGGUCGACCUGCAGCAGCUUCUCAAUGCAAUAACGAACAUCAAACCACAGUUGAGUAUCCUCUGGGCUGGCGUCUUAUGCAGCCAUCAGGCGACUUCGUUCCUCAAGUUAACCUUCCGCAAUCUACCCCCCAUCAACCUGGCCGCCGCGCUUUGGACCAACACAGCCCAAUCCUUCCUCCAGAUAGCAUAUGAGUCCAGUGACGUACCCGAACCAAUCACUCCCCGAGCCAACGAAUUCCAAACAUCCUACUUUUGCCGAUCGGUGAUAUCAGUUCCAUGGUCACCAGCGCCUCCUUUCGGUGCUACCCCCAUUAGCAAUCUCAGCCUCGAGGUUCGAGCGCACCUUGCACAUAUACACAUACCUCGUUCAUGGAGGAUAUACUGGAAUCUGACCUCUGGGAAACAAGUACCAGCCAGUGCAACGCAUUAUCUUACACCUGUGCAUAUUGACGGUAUACACCAGUCCUAUUCUACAGAGCAUGCAAAUGAGAUGCCGUACCCCGAAUCCGAACAGAGGCCUGCAGAUGAGCAAUCAUGGGCCGCGACAUCGCGCUUGUUUAAUUGGCACCGAGGCUACGAUGAUGGCAUCUGGUUGGAUGAUGGUUCGGGGGAUGUGGAUGCGAUUCGGCGGAGGCAGAGGCAUGCGUGGAUGGUUGACCCAUUUGAUGAUGAUUCUGAUGAAGAGGUUGAGGAAACGAAGCAUCGAGAGCUUGAUGUUGAGGGUAUUUCGCGAUGGAAGGGUGAGGUCGAGAGAUUCAGUUGAGCGGCGAAGAAAUGGUGCCUCAUAGAUGAUCGUUGAUAUAUUUGUGCUCCGCAUCGGGUUCGAUACUGGGGGGAAAGGGCAAUCGGUUGAAUUGACGCCGAGAAACUUCAGUACAAGAGUGAUAUCUGAGGCUAGAUCUCAGCGAAAUUCCUAUUUAUCC